GAUUGGCAGAUGAAUUUGAAGAUUACCACCAGUAGAGCCCCUCCCUGUGCACCUCCCCUCACAUAAGUAGUUCUGAAGAGUCUCAUCGCUCAGGCAGGAAAAGCUGGACGUGACUGUGUGGAGUUAACAUCACUGUGUCCUGCCUGAACCCACAAAAGGACAGAGGAGCCCCCAACUACCGAUAGACUGCUUCAUCCUAAAAAGAGAAAAUCUUUGUUUUGACACAAUGGGUUUGCUGGUUUUGAUCAUGCUGCUGAGUCUCUCUGCUCCACGAGCCGCCUGUGCAGACUGUGUGUCCUGGUGCUUCUCCUGUGCCCUGCAGACCCGACUCGCCAACACUCCCAUCAACCCUCUGGUUUGCUCUUUGCAGUGCGAAGAAUCAUUAUCAUCUAUGACCGAAUGGGAGCGAUGUGAGAAGAUCCUGUCUACUUUAGGAGCUGUUCUAGAGGUCUCCAAAAGGGAGCAGGAAAGAGUACCCAUGUCCUCAGAUUUGCUGGAUAUGCCAGUAAAACGUUAUGGAGGAUUUAUUAAAAAAUUGGAUAAAAAUAAAUUCUUAUUUAACUACCCUAAGCGAGAGAAUAGUAACUACAAGGGAGAAACUAGUAAGACAUAUGGUGGUGUCUUACAGAAGUUUGGGGAGAGAGACCUCCAGGAAAUACCCAACUCAGAGCAGGAAUCUGAAGUCAAUGAGGAUUCCGAGGAAGAAGACAAGGCAUGGAGUGCUAAAGAUGAGAGGAAACGCUAUGGAGGGUUCCUGCGCAAAUACCCCAAAAGAAGUCUGGAAAAUGUACAGGGAAUAGAGUUAGAAAGGAGGAUAGUGCUGAACCCAGAGAUGGAGCCAGGACAGGGGGUAGAGGAAUUGGAAACAGAACAGGGGGUGGAGACAGAACACGGGGUAGCUGAUCUUCAAAAACGCUAUGGGGGAUUUAUGCGCAGGAUCCGGCCCAAAUUAAAGUGGGACAAUCAGAAACGAUAUGGGGGAUUCCUCAGGCGUCAAUUUAAGGUCAGUACAAGGUCAGAAGAGGAGCCCAGCACCUUUUCCGGCGAGUUGUCUGACCUUUAAGAAACUUUAGUGUCAGUGGAAGGUGGCAAGGAGGUGGUGGAAUGAUCAGAGGCAACUCAAAAACAUAAACAUUACUCUUCAUUCAUUCUGUUUAGUCUUUGAUCCAACCAUCCCAUUGACCAAAAAUGUAAUUGAUGGGAACUGUCGCAUCAUACAAACCUGAAAUGUAGCUCUAUCCUAUUGUAGUCUGUGAGGAAGCUAGACCUCAUAUGAAAUUGCAAAUAAACACAUAGCACCAUCUACAGACUAUAAGGAGGUACUGCACUUUAUUAAUGAAUUUCUGUAAAAUGCAGGUUUUCCAAUUACCUUGAAUGUACUUAGCACCUAACACUACAAAUGUUAUACAACAAAGGAGCUGAUGCAGGAUGAGUACUUGGCCAGAGGGUGUACGUAUAUAUACUGUAUGCACCCAUGCCAAUUCUGCCACUUAUUCUUGCCUGCACAAGAUUUUGCAGAACAGGGGUGGUCAUUCCGAGUUGUUCGCUCGUUAUUUUAUUUUUUCGCAACGGAGCGAUUAGUCGCUAAUGCGCAUGCGCAAUGUCCGCAGUGCGACUGCGCCAAGUAAAUUUGCUAUGCAGUUAGGUAUUUUACUCACGGCAUUACGAGGUUUUUUCUUCGUUCUGGUGAUCGUAAUGUGAUUGACAGGAAGUGGGUGUUUCUGGGCGGAAACUGGCCGUUUUAUGGGAGUGUGUGAAAAAACGCUACCGUUUCUGGGAAAAACGCGGGAGUGGCUGGAGAAACGGAGGAGUGUCUGGGCGAACGCUGGGUGUAUUUGUGACGUCAAACCAGGAACGACAAGCACUGAACUGAUCGCACUGGAAGAGUAAGUCUCGAGCUACUCAGAAACUGCACAGAGAAGUCUUUUCGCAAUAUUGCGAAUCUUUCGUUCGCAAUUUUGAUAAGCUAAGACUCACUCCCAGUAGGCGGCGGCUUAGCGUGUGCAAAGCUGCUAAAAGCAGCUUGUGAGCGAACAACUCGGAAUGAGGGCCCGGAUGAGGUGAACGCUUUUAAACAUGUUCCAAGUACAGUCUCGGUGUGUUCACGCAAAACCAUGAAAAAAAAAGCACAUUUGCCUGAAAAACAAUAUUAUUUGCAGGUGGUUAGUUCAGAUGCAAGUAGUGAAUGAUGAUGGCUGUCAGCACUAGCGAACUACUUGUUAUUGGCUGUUUGUGAAGACUCAGUGAUUGGGGCUUUCUGUGUUGCUUAGGCAUAGAUUGUGCUUUUGUGAGCCUGAUAAAAAACUUUUUUUUUCUAAUUUGCGUAUACAAAACAGGGAGUUUUUUCUGCUGUAUUAGGGUUUUUUUUUUGCAGUUUGUGUUUGUUGCACAUAAAAUAUGAGCGCAAUGGACAUGUGUUAGAGACGUGUGUCUGACAUAAAGCUGACACAUCUACUCAUUUAGAACUCUGUCAUACCCCUUUCAGACAUGAGACAUAGCUCAACAUAGCUCCGACCCAGGUUUUUGAAUACAGCUUCGACCCAUGUCCCAGCUAGGGACCCCCUUUCACACUGCACCUUAGACCUGGGAAUUUCCCAGGUCAAAUCUGCUCACACUGUACCCGUGUCUGCCCUGGAAUUCAGUGCGAGUCAUUGCUCAUUGUGCUCUGGCAUCUGCAGAUGAUGUCUUCUGCAAGUGCUCCAAACAGCCCAUUAAGUAUUUUCAGCGGAAUCCAGAUCUAAAAAAAUCCAGAACACCACAUUCACACUAGAGGCAACCCGGGUUAGUCCCAGGAAUAACCCUGGUACCGAGCAGGGUCGCCUACCAGGGACAUCUGACCAGGGUCGGGUCUGUUCACACACAACCAAAAUCCAGGUCGAGCCGCAAGCCCUCCCAGGUAGAAAAGCUAUGUCUGAAAGGGGUAUAAGGGAAUGGAAAUAAGUUUUGGCAUGCAACAUUUUCAUUUGGAAAUUAUGCUUAUUUUACAGCCAAUUACGCAUUAGCUCCAAAGUGACUAUGGAAUUGGUGCUGUACAUUUUAUAUAUAUAUAUAUAUAUAUAUAUAUAUAUAUUUAAAGUAUAGAUAUACAUCAUAAUAAGAUAAUAUACAUAAGGUGUUGAGUUCGAUAUGCCAGUGGUCGGGAUACCGGCGGUCUGAAUACCGUCUGUGGCAUCCCAAUGGUGAGACUCCCAACAGGGGGAAUGUAAGUAUACUUACCUUCCCCCAAUGCCCACCCAAACCCUUCCGUUCUGCAGCCUAAACCUAAACCCCCCCCCCUUCACACACACACACCCUAACACUAACCCUCCCCGCCGGUGGUGCCUAAACCUAACCCCCCCCCCCCCCCCUUCCCGCAACCCUUCCCCGGGGGGGUCCCUAAACCUAACCCCUUCUCCCCACAGCCUAACCUAUCCCUCCCCAGGGGUGGCUAUACCUACCCCCUUCCCCCUUGCAGCUUAAAACUAACCCCCCUCCCCACAGCCUAACCCUAGCCCUUCGCAGCCUAUCCCUCCCCCAGCAGCUUACUGUCCAGCGGCCCGGCAGUCAGUCGUUUGGGAUCCCAGCUGUCUGGAUUCUGGUGCUGGGAUUGUGAUCCCAGUUGGGAUGCCGACACCAGCAUUCCGAGCAGUGUCGGGAUUCUGGUGUCGCUAUUUCAACUGCCAGGAUCCCGACAGUCGGGAUCCUUACCGGAUCCCUACAUAAGUAGUAUCCUAUGUUUCAUAUAUACAUAUAGAGCCUCUGAGACAUAUCAAAAUAAUGCAUCUCUCAGAAAAGAAAAAAAAGUACCGCAAAGUGCGUUUUCCUUUCUUUAAAAAUGCCUUCUACUAAAAACCAGGGCAUAAUAAUAUGGAUACAGAGAUUUACACAGUAAAAUAUUUUUCACAAACCUUUUACCCCCCCCCCCCCCCCUCCACCCCCACCCCAUAAACUACUUCAUUUGUUGCAAAGGAAAAUGGGUCAAUGAAUGAAUAAAUAAAUAAAUAAUACUGCCACUGGCUUUGAGGUACCUGCAAAGGAUUAUAGGGUGCUUGAAAUUAUGAAUGAGAGGAAAAAAUAGUAAUUUUGUUUUGUUUGUGUUUAACACCGUUCCAUUUGAAAAUUUUGUUCUACCAGGUCUAGUAAGUGAUGAAAUGAAGGUGGACCUCCCUUUUAAGACUUGUUCAAACCAUUGCUCACCUUUCCACCACCUCCCAUCCACCUAGCCUCCCCUCCUUCAUUUAUACAGUAUCCCCCUUUCCUCUCUGAUGGAUGAAAAUGUACAGCUGUUUUUUUGCUGUCAUAUUAUCGCUAUAUAAAUACAAGAUGUCAUCUUACUUUCUCCAUAUCCUUCGUACAGUUAAUGAAUCAAUGCUGUUACUGUUUUUGUACCCAACAAGCAAUCUCUACAGCCUGCAAAUAAAUCCUAAUACACAUUGUACACCUCACUCCUACUGCUUGUUGUUAUAUAUGUGAAGAAAUAAAUUAAUUUAUGCUCUUAAUAA